AUGGUUCAACAACAUCCUGGCGGACCUCCCUUACAACAGGGGGCUUUCUAUCCUCAAAGGGAGAGUGAUUGGUCUCGAAAUGACCGAAACACAUUCCUGGAUACAACUCAGGAACCUCGACUCCCAAAUAUCCCUAUCGUACAGCGUCGCCAUGAACCAGCAAUUCCAGCGACAAUCGAUUCGGCAUUGAAGGACCACUGUGGUAUUUCAGGUCUCAAAAGAUGGGCUUUGAUUGUUCAGACAGACUUGCCUGAACCCCGGAUUUUCACUUCCCAAUCUCUGAGGCCAUAUCGGGAUCAGUUCUUUACGGAGCAAUUUAGAGAUUCGUUUAUGAGCAGUGCAUUGAAAGCAGAAGCACGAGAAGGAUAUCAAGGCUCCCUGUAUCAUCAAGAUGGGGGCAUGUACAGCGAGUUUGAGUUGGAGGGCAAAUAUGAUACUCGGAAACAGAGCAGUGGAUCGGAGAUCAGUCAACGACACUACCGGAAGGCCAGGUCGGAAGAUUCAGAGGGUUCUGUCGGUGUGAAGAGGAAACGCAAGGGGUACGGGAGUCAAUACAGAGAGAAGUCCAGCGAGGAGAUCCCCGUCGCCCAAUCGACGACGAGGCAUGAUAUGGAGAUUGGCGACGAUGCAAAAGUGGAUGCGUACUACAGACAGCGCUUCAAGGAUAUGCAACAGACGGCGUGCAAAAUCAUAGGGAAGGUGUUUGUCAAGCUGCUGGAACCUAAGAAGCAGACGCACCAUCCAUACACCAAAGGAGACGAGAAUGCCCCUCCAUGGUGGCCAAGCACUACUGGCAAAGAUGCUUGUCGGCACAAGGAACCUGACCAUCUUCUGAAACAUGAACGGAUCCAGCUUCUGGCUCACAUCAUCCAGAUGAUUGUUAAACCAACAGACAAGCAGCACCCAUGUAUUCAAAAGUUGGAUCUCAAUGUCAAGAAACUUGAAAGUGCUACCAUGGAAAUGAUGUCGCCGUGGUUUUCCGACAAGGAGAAUCCAGGACAUGAGUUGAGGAGGCCGUUUUUGAAGGAGAUUUUCAAGGUGGCCAAAAUUCAGGAACGAUACAAGCGGGGUGAAAUAGAUGGCACAACCAUCGUUCCUGUUCGAUAUGGUGAAAGCAUUGCUCUUGAAGAUGACUCAGAAGGAGAUGGUGAAAACUAUCAACCUGAGCAAGAAGAUGGUACCGUCAACAAUUCGACGCAGGUGCCAACACCAGAGAGUCUCGUUUCGCCAUCGAUGAGUCAGCACCAACAAUUCCAACAAGCCGACGACCACAGCAUGCGGUCGAUGCGUGCCGGCCUCCCAAUGCGCUACAACGCCCCAAUGGAUCAAAUGGGGUACGAGGACCAAACUUUCCGCGGUAUGAACCAAUACCAACCACACAGCCCAACCACCAUCGACCCGAGUCGUCGGAGUUACAUCCCCCCACCCGUCUUCCCCAGUCCCCAGCAAAGCAUGUUCUCAACCGGAUGGACCAACCCAGUCUCUUCAGCACCAGCAACCCAAUACUACACCACAUCACCGCAAUCAUCAAUCGGGCCAUUCCUACCUCUGCCCCAGCCUCAGACUACUCACAUGAGCCAGCCGGUCCAUUCGUUCGGCGACGGCUUGACGAGAUAUGAUACUAGUCCUGCGAUGGGCAGUCAAGUCCGGACAGGUAGUCUAGGCCAUCCGCACCAUCAGAUGCCGAACCCGGCUGCGUUUCAGGAUUACUUGAAUUCGGAUAAUGGUCAGUUUGGGCAGCAUCCUGAUCUGAAGGAUGAUCAUCAGCAGCAUCAGCAUCAGCAUCAUCUCCACCAGCAGAAUUGA